UGUCUCUCUCUCCUCUCGUUCUCGUCUCCGAUCGCUUCUCGGCGGUUGUGAUCGAGGAAGUAGUACCGCAUUACGUUGUAAGAGAAGAGGCGAGGGCUUCUUCUGCUUCUUGGCCUACUUCGAUCGACGGUGGGGGAUGGCUUCCGGGAGCUACAGGAACGGAGGCCCCAAACCGACCUCCAAGCUCGACCGCCUGCCCCCCUCCACUGCCUACUCCACGCCCAAACCCUCCGCCAAGCCCAGGCCCUCCGCCGCUCCCGUCCCUCGUCGUGGCGGCUCCGUCGCUCCUGCCGCUGCCUCCGCCGGCAAAGCCGGCGGCGAUGCUGGAGUUCCUGGAAGAGUUAGAGUGGCUGUAAGACUUCGGCCUAGAAAUGCAGAGGAAACAAUAGCAGAUGCAGAUUUUGCUGACUGUGUUGAAUUGCAGCCUGAGCUUAAAAGGUUAAAGCUCCGCAAGAACAAUUGGGAGUCAGAAACCUAUGAAUUUGAUGAAGUGCUGACAGAAUUUGCCUCACAAAAACGUGUAUAUGAAGUUGUUGCAAAACCAGUUGUGGAGAGUGUUCUGGAAGGGUAUAAUGGUACAGUUAUGGCCUAUGGACAGACGGGUACUGGAAAGACUUAUACUCUUGGAAGGCUUGGUGAGGAAGACACUGCAGCACGAGGCAUUAUGGUCCGUGCAAUGGAAGACAUUUUGGCAGAUACAUCUCCAGAGACCGAUUCUGUUUCUGUAUCAUAUUUACAGUUAUACAUGGAAAGCAUACAGGACCUUCUUGUUCCUGCAAAUGACAACAUUGCCAUCAUAGAAGAUCCAAAGACAGGAGAUGUUUCACUACCAGGGGCUACCAGUGUAGAUAUUAGAGAUCAAAAAAGCUUUAUGGAGCUCUUAAGAUUAGGAGAAGUGCACCGUUUUGCUGCUAAUACAAAGCUGAACACCGAGUCAUCUCGGAGCCAUGCUAUUCUAAUUGUCCAUGUUAAGAGGUCACUUAAGGGAAGGCAUGAUGCAGAUCAUGGUUUUCCCAGUGAGAAUGGUACUAAUUCCACCUUGGUCAAAUCUUUCAGACCGCCCAUAGUUAGAAAAAGCAAACUUGUUGUUGUGGAUCUUGCCGGUUCAGAGAGGAUUGAUAAGUCAGGAAGUGAGGGGCAUACUCUAGAAGAAGCAAAGUCGAUUAAUCUAUCAUUAAGUGCUUUAGGCAAAUGCAUUAAUGCACUUGCUGAAAAUAGUCCACAUGUUCCAGUUCGUGAUUCAAAGUUGACAAGACUGCUUCGAGAUUCAUUUGGAGGAAGUGCAAGAACUUCGUUAGUGGUGACUAUUGGUCCAUCUCCUCGCCAUAGAGGAGAAACUGCAAGCACCAUAAUGUUUGGACAAAGAGCAAUGAAGGUGGAGAACAUGGUGAAACUAAAGGAAGAAUUUGAUUAUAAAAGCUUGUGCAGGAGGCUUGAUAUUGAGCUUGAUAAGUUAAUGGCAGAGAAUGAAAGGCAAAGAAAAGAUUUUGAAGAUGAGAUUGAGAGAAUAAGGACAGAAGCUGACAGCCGAGUUGCUGAAGUUGAAAAAGGCUACAAUAACACUCUUGAGAAUGAGAGGCUAAAGUACCAACAAGACAAUAUGGACUCAAUCAAGAAGGUUGAGGAGAAGUGGAUGGCUAAUGUGAAUAGAGCCAGAGUAGAACAUCAGAGUGCGUGUCUAGAAAAGGCUCCAACAACAUCCAGCUCAGCUGAUAUUGUCGAAGUCAGACAGUUACUCGAGAAUGAAAAGAUAUUGCGACAAUCUACAGAAGAGGUGGUUAUGAACCUCAAAUGUGAAAUAUCACACUGGAAAAGAUUAGAGGCAGCUGGCAAUUCUGAAAUUGUGAAACUUCGCAAGAUGCUGGACAGUGAAGCCAAUCAGAAACAUAAACUUGAAGAAGAAAUAGCAAUACUGAGAAGUCAGUUGUUGCAGUUAAGUUUUCAAGCCGAUGAGACAAGUAGGAGUCUUGACAGAGGUGAGUCUGGAAAAGCCUUAACUGGAUUUGAUUCCCUUGUACCACAAGCUAGGCAUCCCCAGCUUAGAGAUUCAGCAAAUGGACCGAAGGCCUCAAUUGCUAAACUUUUUGAACAAGUGGGUUUGCAAAAAAUAUUGUCAUUGCUUGAAUCAGAAGAUCAUGAUGUUCGAGUUCAUGCAGUGAAAGUUGUAGCAAACCUGGCAGCCGAAGAAGCAAACCAGGAUAAGAUUGUAGAAGCUGGUGGUCUUACGUCAUUGCUGAUGCUUCUAAGAAACUCAGAGGAUGAGACUAUACGUAGAGUAGCAGCUGGUGCAAUUGCCAACCUUGCGAUGAAUGAAACCAACCAAGAGCUCAUAAUGGCUCAAGGUGGCAUUGUCUUGUUAUCUAUGACUGCUGCUGAUGCUGAGGACCCUCAAACACUUCGAAUGGUUGCUGGAGCCAUUGCUAAUCUAUGUGGAAACGAUAAGCUACAGAUGAAGCUUAGUGUAGAAGGUGGCAUUAAAGCCUUGCUAGGUAUGGUUAGGUGUGGGCACCCUGAUGUUCUCGCACAAGUUGCACGUGGCAUUGCAAACUUUGCAAAAUGUGAGUCACGAGCUUCUACUCAAGGAAAUAAGGUGGGUGUAUCUCUCUUAAUUGAAGAUGGAGCUCUUCCAUGGAUUGUAAAAAAUGCCAACCAUGAUGCUUCACCUAUAAGACGCCACAUUGAGCUUGCACUGUGCCACUUGGCACAACAUGAAGUCAAUGCAAAAGAUAUGAUCAGUGAGGGAGCUUUGUGGGAACUGGUUCGCAUCUCACGUGAUUGUUCACGAGAGGAUAUUAGAAUGCUGGCACACAGAACUCUGAUCUCAAGUGCUACUCUCCGGACAGAAUUGAGACGAUUGCACAUUGAAUUUUAAGAUGCUAAAAGUAGCCUGCCAUCUGCACAGUAUCUUGGCUUAGGUGUAUCUGGUUGUUUGUGAGCUUCAUAUCUCAGAGCGUUUGUAAAAGAAGAUAACAAAGGUUUGCCUAGCAUCUGCUUAGUACAAAACCAGUGGCUCAUGGAAGUAACUAUCAUCCUUCAGCCAAAAGAGGUCAAGUUUUUCCUGCCAUUGGUCAGUGUCUGUUCAAACUGGUUAUGACUUGAGACCCUAAAUUCGGAUCUGCCCACACUGCAAAUGUAUUUGUGGAAGGUAAAUAGUGUGUAGAAAAUAACUGAGGUGGUUUGAGUUAAAGACAACUCUGGACGAGCUAUACUCGAUCCACCAUUCACCUGUAUUAAUUGAUAAUUAACCUGUUCACUUGAGAUUUUGACACAGUUUGUGUUCAUACUUUAUCAGUCCAAUAUUGAAACACAUUCGAUGAUCGACAGAAAUGAAAAGCCAUCGUAUGUUGGAACA